AUGCACCAGCUCCUUGCACUACUCCUCGCCAGCCUCACCGCUGCCUCCCCACUCUUUUCCCGCGCCGACCUGCCUCCUUCGUCCAAAUCAAAAGCCUUCAAUCUCGUCGUCAACGUCACAGAGCCCGACCGCGAUUUCUUCCCCUCCAUCCAUGGGGAGUACAUCAACAGCAUCCACGUCGGCGCCGGCCAGUCCCUGCUUGGCGUCGGCGGCAAAUCGACCAACCCUCUCACAUUCUACAUCAACGGCACUACGUUGGAGUUCCACUUUGCCAGAUCGACCGUCGUUUCCGACAUUGGCACGCCUCUCUCUCCAUGGGGCGUCUUCUUUACCAACGACGAGGGCUCCGAUAUGGCACACACGGCUCAUCUCGACGGCGGGCCAGGCGCCAAGGGCAUCGGGCUGACGCGGCCCCCUGUGCCGUACACGUUCAUGUAUCCCGAGACAUAUGCCAUUUGCAACGAGACGGUGCCGUAUUACAAGAAGAAGUUUCUCAUCGUCAAGCAGUUUGAUUUGGGACUGAAGUUGACCAAUGCUAUCCCGCCGAAUUGCGUGCCUGUCAGGCUGGUUGCACAGUGCACCAAGUUGGAUCCUCUGCCGGAGGGGUCUUUUUCGAACCAUGAUUUUGCGUACGAGACGAGUUGUUACAAGGACGUUGCGGCAAUCGACUGGGCCAAGUACCAGCCGUGGUAG